CACUGUACGCCUGAUGGGAGUGGCGCCGGUGGGUAUGGCUUCUCGUCGAGCUUUGCACUUCGUAUUCAAAGUGGGAAACCGCUUCCAGACGACGCAUUUCUUUCGCGAUGUCCUUGGAAUGAAGAUUCUGCGGCAUGAGGAAUUUGAAGAGGGCUGCAAAGCUGCCUGUAAUGGGCCUUAUGAUGGGAAAUGGAGUAAGACAAUGGUGGGAUUUGGACCUGAGGAUGAUCAUUUUGUCGCAGAACUGACUUACAAUUAUGGCAUCGGACACUACAAGCUUGGCAAUGACUUCAUGGGUAUCACACUCGCUUCUAACCAGGCCGUCAGCAAUGCCAGAAGGCUGGAGUGGCCACUCAGCGAAGUUACGGAAGGUGUUUUUGAAACUGAAGCCCCAGGAGGAUAUAAGUUCUAUUUGCAGAAUCGAAGUCCACCUCAGUCAGAUCCUAUAUUAAAAGUAACUCUAGCAGUGUCUGAUCUUCAGAAAUCCUUGAACUACUGGUCUAAUCUACUGGGAAUGAAAAUUUAUGAAAAAGAUGAAGAGAAGCAAAGGGCUUUGCUGGGCUAUGCUGAUAACCAGUGUAAGCUCGAACUACAGGGUAUCAAAGGUACAGUUGAUCAUGCAGCAGCUUUUGGAAGAAUUGCCUUUUCUUGCCCCCAAAAAGAGUUAUCAGACUUAGAAGACUUAAUGAAAAGGGAGAACCAGAAGAUUCUGACUCCCCUGGUGAGUCUGGAUACCCCAGGGAAAGCAACAGUGCAAGUGGUCAUUCUGGCUGACCCUGAUGGACAUGAAAUUUGCUUUGUGGGGGAUGAAGCAUUUCGAGAACUUUCUGAGAUGGAUCCAGAAGGAAGCAAACUGUUGGAUGAUGCAAUGGCGGCAGAUAAAAGUGAUGAGUGGUUUGCUAAACAAAAUAAACCAAAGGCUUCGGGUUAACAGAAGACAUCUCAUGGAACAGCAUUUGUGAUUCCUGUCUAGCACCUGCAAGGCCUGAUGUGUCUGUCCAUGCCUGAUAAACGCUCUCACAACUUGGUUGUUUCCUGUACAGGCAAGGAGGCUGGGGUGGUGAAGAUCUGUGUGUUUUAAUCUUUGAAAGCUCCAAGACACAUUUAGAAAUAAAAUCUUACUGUUGUCAGUCCCAUUAGAGGAGAACUCUUGCUGUAAGCUGUGCUGUCACUGGAAUGGCACAUUCUAUGUGUAACUCUAGUGGAUUAGAAUUAUUUUCAGCCUGGGCAACUAUGUGGGACAUGACCUUUGGCUGGAGAUGGAGGGAAUUGUGAUAAGCUUAUGGCAGGAAUACUUCCAAUACCAUAUAGUAUGCCCUUCUGAUGCCUUCCUCUGGCAGGCCUUGACAGUGAAACAUUUUAAAGACAUUUUGUUCAUUGAAUCAAAAGAUUUGACUAACACCCACACAUUCCUUGCGUUAAAAUUUUGAGUAUCCAGAGAAAACAGAUGGAAGGAUCUAAUGUGUUGUGCUGCUACAUGCCUGGCUUCAGGCCACUUUCUUUAUAUAAUUUUUCUAAAUCCUCUCAAGAAUUUCAAUUUCUUAAAUAUGGAUUAGAUUUCUUAACUAUGGAUUCGAUUAUUUCUUCGGCCUGAAAAAUUUUAUUUUAACAUUUUCUUAUAGUUUUCUGUUUGGUUCUGCAGAACAAAUUUUAAUGAUUGGAAACAGAAUUAUAUUGGCCAUAUUUAUUCUUAAAUGGUUUUUGAAAGUAUACUCCUGAAAUCAAGUUUUCAUACCAGCCAUAAGAUUCAUUAUUUGAAAUGGUUGUGGCCACGUUCUAAUUAUAGAGAAGAAACUGAGGAGAUUGAAAAGGGCUGGCUCAGAGGUUCCCAGUUCCAGAAUAAAUGUAUGAAAUUACCUCAGUUAUUCUUCCUUGCUGGCAGGAAAUUUCAGGGUUUCAGUUCAUCUUAUAGGGUGGUCUUACCUUCACUGACAGAAAAUAGUCCUUUUCCAGCUCCACAGCACUUUUCAUUCAACUUAAAUUCCCUGUCUUAAGGAAGCAAUCACGAGGUUCAAAGCAAACCAAGUUUAGAUGUUCCUUCCCUAAACAAUUGGUUCACCUAUUUUCACGUACAUGGGGAAAUUAUUGCGUAAAUUUUGAACAAC